UCCGCUGAGGCGCACACCGCUGUGUAAAGCGCACAGCAAAAGCGCACGCUUCAUACUCUGCUACAGUUUGGAUCUAGAGACUCUCUUUGCUGAUAUAAUCACAUUCUUAUCCCAAAUAACCAAUUAUUUUUGUUCUAAUUAUUUUGGAAAACAAAAAAACCCGCACUGGUGCGAGGUCAAGGGAGGAAAGCAUACGCGCUCUUGGAGAGUGCGUAAAUUUGUAGCCAAAGUUUGGAGACGCAGGCGCCACCAGGAGAGCGCGCACUAAAUUCAACCGCCCCGCGGCGACUGUUAAGAGGACCUGAAGAUGAAUGACACGGGCGUCUUCUGCAACCAAACAGACAACCUGACAGAGCCGUCAUGUCUGAACGCCACGCGCCAAACGUUCAGCCACAUCGACAUCACCACUUUCAUGCACAUAUUCCCCUCCAUCUACGGCAUCCUGUGCUUAGUUGGAGUUAUAGCCAACGGACUGGUCAUCUACGCGGUGGCCGCGUGCAAGAAGAAGAUGGUGUCCGACAUCUACGUGCUCAACCUGGCAAUAGCGGACAUGCUCUUCUUGCUCGUGAUGCCUUUCAACAUCCACCAGCUGGUCAGAGACACACAGUGGGUCUUCGGAAACUUUAUGUGCAAGGCGGUUGUGGUGGUGGACGUUGGCAACCAGUUCACCACCGUGGGAAUUGUCACUGUGUUGUGCAUUGAUCGAUACAUCGCUAUUGUCCACCCCACCUCGGAGAAGAGGACCAUCCACUGGACCAUCAUGAUCAACACGCUGGUGUGGCUGGGCAGCUACCUCCUCACUGUGCCGGUCAUGAUGUAUGCCAGGGUUGAGCGCAGGCAGCACAUGGAAGUCUGCAUGAUGGACCUGGAUGGGCCUGAGGACAUGUACUGGUACACGUUUUACCAGUCCAUCCUUGGCUACAUCAUCCCGCUCAUCAUCAUCAGCACCUUCUACUCCCUCACCCUCUACCAUGUUUUCAGCUCCAUCCGCCGGGUGAAACGCAAGCAGUCCGUUUGGGCUAAAAGGGCCACCAAGAUGGUCCUGAUGGUUAUUGCGUUGUUCCUGAUUUGCUGGUCGCCCUACCAUGUCAUUCAAGUCAUCAACCUGAGCAACAGAACGCCCACCAUCCCCUUUGUCUACGCCUACCACAUCAGCAUCUGCCUCAGCUACUCUCACAGCUGCAUCAACCCACUCAUGCUGCUCAUCUUCGCCCAGAACUACCGCGACCGCCUUUGUCGCAGAAACACGCUGAACUCCUCCCAGCACUCGUCCAAGCUCACAGUGGUCAAAACAGAUGGUUCCAGUAUAACCAGUAACCCCAACUACCGCUGCACUGUAGUGUAAUGAGAAAGAUGCGCCACUUUGUAGAUAGAAGAUAUAAAUGUUUUGCUGCUGUCCACAAAAUGAAGUCGCUUGGUGUUGCCCGGGAAAUAAUAUUGCCCAGCUGGUUCAUAAUUGAAAAUGGAUACCGUACAAGAAAAACUGGUUGCCAAGCAUGAGCAGCAAUAUUAAACAUGACUGAAAGAAAAGAAAUACAUUUUUUAUCAAAAGGUUUUUAAGAAACAAUACUAGGAAAAAAGUCUGAGCUGGGGAAUUCCAGCGCUGACCUUACAAGACGCACAGAGGAGAGUUGGACUCCGAGGAGCGACUCGGGUGCGUCUCUUUUGGGAGAAUGGGAGCUUUCAUUAACCUUUGUCGACCAUUGGCGACAUGCAGUGUCGUGCUGGUCAGUCAGAACACUGAAGGGCAGCUUGUGACAUCUGUCAUAAGCAAACAUUCAAGCAUUGAUGCCUCGAACAUUAUUAGCCAGCUCUGACAGCUGGUGAAGAAAUCCAAUUUCCCUUCAUAGUUCUAAGAUUUUUGAAAUGGGAAACGCUAAGCUCCACAAAGUGCCACGCCUUCAAUCUGAACACUUGUGACCUGUGGCAAAAAAUAAUUAUUGCUGCCACUUUCUAAUAAGGAACCCUCUGAGGGGCUUUUAAGGUAUAACAAAUGGAUUUAUUAUGGUUAAUACAUUUUGCAGUAACACCUAAUUGGUGCAUCAUGAGCAAUUAAUAUAAUACAUUAUGUUGUUUUAAAUUGCUCAAAAUCCCAUUAGCUGGUGUUUGUACUUUCUCCUUUUAUAUAUUGCCAUUAGAAAUGUUGAUGAUAAGCUCUAUAUCAAUGAUAAUUGCAUUCAAUUUAAAAUGUUUAGUCUGCCUUUAGUCAGUAUUGUCAAUGAUGAUGAUGAGGAUUAUUAUUCUGAUGGUUUUUAGUCCAGAUCACCCACCAAACUACUCUAGUUGUCUGAUCACUGGUCAGUCAAAACACCAAUUUUUCUACUUGGACCGAUCAAUCAAUAAUUUAGUUGUUAACCAUGAAUAAUGCCAUUAAAGGUGACAUAGAA